AUGGGUAAGUCUAAGAAGAGAUUGAGAUCUUCUAGGUCUCGUUCGAAUCCUCUAGGGCGGAAUGUUGAGAAGGAGGAGCAAGUACGACGCAAGAAGAUCCAGCCAUUGUUGGAAAAGUUGCAGAGUGUUGUGGCGAACGAUAGGUCUAUGGCAUUAGGAUCGAUAAGUGUGUUGUGUGAGGAUCCUUAUAUGAGGGAGCUUUUUUUGAAGGAGAAGCUGAUCCAGUUGGUUAUGAAUCGAUUGAUAACAGACGAAAACACGGAAAUUAUGGUUGAGUCCUUUGGCUUGCUGAGGAAUUUGUGUUUGGAGGGUUAUGAUGUGGCGACACAUUUGUGGAGAUUGGAUAUCUGGACUGGAAUAAACGCUGGGUUUGAUAAAUUGUUAAAAUCUCUUGAUAGUAUGGGGGAGAAUUCAAAGGCCACUAAGGAAUCUAAAAGGCUUCUUUUUGACUUUGGUGAUAAUUUGCUCUCCUUAGUUGUUGCUUUGGCGAACGGUUCUGACAAUAUUUUUAACACUGUGACGUCGGGAGUUAAAUUGGCUCGUUUAUUGCAGAUUCUGUCCGAGGUUUUAAGGUAUGGUGUUUCUGUUCAAGAAGUUACUACAUCUGCCACAUUGAAAAUCACUACCCAGUUGUUUAAUACUGUACUAGAUUUGCUUUAUACUUUUUCUGCAGAAUCAGCUGCAUUCAUUGAGACUAUUAAGGAGCAUAAUAUAUUGGCAGAGUUUGUGAACGCUCUUCCCAGCUUAGUUAUCGUCAAUGCCAAUGAGUUGACAAAAGUUUUGGUUCAAGGUAUUCUGUUGCAGUUUUUGGACAUGGAUAUUUCUUAUGUUCAGGCUUCUGCUGUCAUUCAAAAUACCUGUUCUGCUAUCGAACAUAUUAAUCUCGAAGAAAUGAAAGCCAAUUUAAACCUUUUUACACAGGACGAGGAGAUGACAAAGUUGAGUAAUACUGAGGAGAUAUCUAAGCAAAUUAGGGAUUAUACAAAAAGACGUUCUGAUGCAAUGAUGAAACUACAAAGUUUGGAAUUGUCUCUGGAUGUCAUAACUGCUGUAAUUGAGCUAGUUGCUGCAAAGUUUGAAGAAGGUGACAAAAAUGUCUCAGAGAACCUAGUAACCAUCUUCACAACCUCUUUACCAGUUGUAUUCCAAGCUUUGUUUAAAGACUUUGGUUCUCGUGUUUUGAUUGCAUGGAAUAAUCUACUCUGGUUAUUCAUUACGGUAGGAAUAAAUUUGUUUGAAUUGCCGAACAAGCCAUGGCACAACCUUUGGGCGUCAAUGAACGAAUUGGAAAAUGACGACCUUGGAAAUAGGCUGGGUAAACUAAGUUGUAUGUGGGCAUUGUUAAAGUCUGUUCAAUUACAGAACAAUUCGUCACAAUAUUUACAAUUGCUGCAAUGUAAUAAUGUGGGGUUUGCACAAUCUAUUAUUGAUCAAUUCAAUCUUGUUGAAAAUUUGGAUUAUGAAGAACAGUUGGAUUUAAAACAACGUUGUUUAAGCGUUCUUUCUGCUUUAGCAAUGUUUCCCCACCAGGUUGAUGUGAACAAAUUAGUUGGCCAAUUCUUCAUCCAAUUGUUAUCUAAAAAAGACUUACCACCCAGACUAUUAAUUGACGUUCUCAAUCACUUCAUAGACAUCUAUUCCGACGCAGAGUUUGAUUACGACAGACCUGUGUUUGUUGAAUUAAAUUAUCUUGAAUCUCUGAGGCAGCAGGUGAUGCCCAACCUCAAAACUGCUUUCAAAUUUAUUGACAAGAAUAAGGACCCUCAACUAAAGAAUGAAAGUCGCGAAGCAUUCACAACCCUAGAUAGUUUCAUACACUACAAAGUAAAAGAGCGUUCCUGA